AUGGAAGGCUACACUGAGUUCUACAUAUCUUGCAACCCCCCACUGCUCCCUAAUGGUGUCUCUUUGAUCAUCACGGAUCUCAUGAAAGAGCUUGAAUCGAUGGUUAUCGAAGUUCUUUACGAACCAGAGAUCCCAUGGUUCAAGUUCAUCACUUCUGUUGAGCAUCGGCUUGAAGUUUCCCGUUGGAUGCAUUCCAGACUGGAUAGCUUGCUAACAGCCGAGGCUGGCGAAGUUGAUGCAAACCAAGGCGAGAGCGACCUGGAGUUCAAGGGCAGAAGUGAUAUUGAAAUACUAACAGAAACACCACACAUCGUUUCCUACCCAGAAUUUCAGGACAUCCUCAAAGACAUUCUCCAGGAAUACGAACCCUUUCGUUACCCAGAACAUCUCAAGCCUCUUCCCUACAAGACAGUAUGGCAAUGCCCCGAAUUGUUUGAAGGAGUGACCGUCACAAAGCUUCUUUCCAAAUACAAGUUAUUGUGGCCAAGCUCAUCAGGAGAACCAAGCAUUGAGGAUCUUGGGGAGCUUACAAAGUGUCAAAUAUCUCACAACCUGCAAGGUUCACUGUUAUAUAUUGGUAGUAACGAGGAUGCGGGUGCAAUAAAUACGACCACACGGAAACUCGAUAUCUUGUCGAGCUUAAUGGAUACCCCUUUGGCCACUACUUCGCAUAUGCUCUUUACCGAGACCUCCAACCCAACCAGACUAUGCUACCGGUGGUUAACACAUACCGGGCUGUCAAAGUUGACUUAUGUUGACCCCACCGGCUCUGAACGAAAUCAGGAAUACGACCGUAUUGCCGGUGCAGUGGCCUUGAGAAUCGAAACUGUUAACAGUUCUGGGCACUCAGUUCCUGACAGCACUGUGUAUCCCAUCGGGCCUAAAACUUCCACAAAUUGGCAAACAGAAUUUACCCCUUUCUCGGGAUAUACGUAUGGAAACAAGCGCUCGGGCACGACAGCAAUUAGUCAACACAAAAGGCCUCACCAGUGUUCCCAGCCACAUUUGUUGGAUAAAGUUGGUAACCAGGCUAAGAAGUUUCACAAAUCCAUAGGAUGCUAUCCUUUUACAAGCAACGCACAGACAAGUACAAAGGACUCGGCCCAAGCUGCAGAUACUAUCCCCAGCACUGAGUACCCAAUAUCUCAUGGUGCAGAGCACGAAACCCCUGCCGUCCCGAUUGUGGCCGGAAACACUUUCAAUCUCCAGACAUUGCAGUCCCAUUUACCGGUUACAGGCAAGUCAAACCUCUCCCCCGAGGAAAUACGCACUUGGUUAGAUAAAACAGGGAGUAUGGAUUCAUGCCCUUCUUCGACUGGCGAGGAAAGUGAUCACGAGGGCAGUGCAAACGAAGCAUCUCAGAAGCUUCCUCAGACUCCAAAUCCCGCCCUAAAACCUCCAGAACUCCAAUUGGAUGGUCUUGGUGAUAUUCUUUCCCUUGCGCAGGCAUCUGGAGCGCAGACAUCAGCUCCUAGUGCCCAACGGCUACCAAGCCAUAAUCUCCUGGGCUUACAAGACGAUGAAGUUGGCAAUCCUGUUCCCGUUGUUGUACAGACAAGAGAUAGACAACCUUCGAACUUGAUGGAUGCUGUGGAUGACCCGAUCAAUAUGCCAAUUUUGGGUGAAAUACUCUAUCCCACACGCCACAAAGAUCAGAGAGGUACAGCAAUGGCCCAGAACCCAUCUGCUGAGAUUGUAUUCGGCAGACAAGACGACAGGCCAAGAGACCUGUUCGAAACAAUGCGACAACAGGCGCCCGCACCCGUAUCCUCUUGGGCCAAUAUUGCCUCGAGCAAAAAGCCUACCAAGGAAGAAGAACACCGAAACUUCGGACGAAAUGUCCCAGUGAAGGUCGUUACCGAUGGUCGGCCCAAAGCUUAUGGUACAGGGGAAAAGGAACCUGCUCGUCUGGAUGGGUCAUCUGCCCAGGUAGCCAGCGGUGUCGGCAACACGCCAAAGAGACGGACACAGCAGCAAGUUCAGACCGAUGAGACGAAGUGUCGUGGAUCAAGACCCAAUCUUGCACCUCAAAGCUCACGUAUCGUACCAGGAAUGGAUAUGCCUGUUCUGGACCACGUUGAUUGUUCCAAGAUUGCUGUGCAAGCUGAGGCUAAGUUACGGGAACUGAUGCAGGUCGUACAGGUAGUUCCAGGAAAGAUUAUUGUUAAAGCCGACUUUGGUAGACUUUGCCUCAAGGGCGAAUCGCCAUCAUUGGUUAACAAUGGCCAAGAACCAUUCUGGUCAGCCAGCGAAGUUAACAAAACUUUAAACAGCAAGAUGUUGGAUGUUGGGUUCUAUCCUAUUCUCAGCACAAGUGGGGAAGAGGCCAACUUGAUUCCUCAAUUGUUUGGCGGUAGGGCAUCCUGGCUACCAACAAACAAGCAAACCUUUUACGAGUUUCUCUGUGUGGGUGAGACUGCAACUGCCCCCCUCGUCAUUAGGGUAGAUGCCGAUACUUUCAGACAUGAAUGUCUUGCAUUGCCACAAGAACUCUCUCAGGCUUACGUUCAUUGUACCCAGCGCGCAUGGGAUGUAAAAUUUUCCGUCUCACGAAUCGAUAUGGGAAGGAUCACAAAGGGUUUUGAAGAGCUUGCUGCAUCGCUAGUGCGGUCCAUGGAUAUCAAGACAAACGAGAUAGGGGAAAUUGUGAUCGAGGCUGAACCAACCAGUUCUUCUGGAUGGUACAUCGAUCGAGUCAGGAUACACCACGAGGCGAAUUAUCGAAACGGCGGUAGAGGACCUAGCCGCCUCACAAUCACGAUGACACGACUUGUCGAAAGGUUUCCGGGAAUCAUAAGAGACAAGUUUCGUGGCCAAUCAGUACCGGCAGCUCCUUCACGGGGUGGCCAGCUUGCUCAGUGGUUCGAGGCAAGUGUAUCGUCUAUGCGAGUUGACGAAGUAAUGCAAGAGAAUUCCAGACUCGAGUUCGGCGAGAAAACCCGCUGGACCCCUGAGACAUUAGAUCGACAAGACGCCUUAAAAGCCAUAUGUGAGCCUGCGCUUAGGAUGGUGAGUCAAAUGGACCAAGUAGGCAAAUCGAAUGAGAAUGGACACGGUCCCCGGACUGACCGACAAGCCUAUGAUGCUGUGGAGGAUAUGAAAGAGCGAAACAAGAAUAACUUCUUUUGGUGA